AUGCAAUUGAGUGAACGAAUGCAUUUGGAAGCAGGUAAACAUAUGAUGGUUGGUCGUGAAGAUAAUCCACAUUUUCCACAAUAUUUUACUUAUAUUCGAUAUGAUAAAGAAAAAAUUAAUCAAACAUUAGAUUUGAAAGAUUAUUCAAAGAAAAAUAUCUUGACUGGUGUGAUGUAGGUCAACCAGUAAUCAUCUGAUUCUCAUUAUCGGUAAGCACCAACAAAACUUCAUUUAACAACCUAUUUAAUUCAACGAGAACCAUAUCAUUUAACAGAUGAGGCUUGUUUACGUGGAAUUCCUUAAGGACCAAUGUCAUAAAUUCAAUCAAAAUUAUUUUCGAUUUAUAUUGUUGAAUUAGGAAAUGGAGGCCCAAAUCAAAAUCAUCCCAGUGUUUAUUUAGAUGUUUUGCAAAGUCUUGGUCUUCAUGUUCCACCAGUCAAUUCAAGAGAAUAUUGAUCAACAAUCAAUUCUUAAUAUUAGUUUUACGAACCUCUUUUAACUUUGACAAUAUCACCUUGUUCAAAAACAUUUUGAGGCAGAAAUUCUCGGUUUUACACUUGUUAGAUUUUUUCAGGCUUAAUUCAUUUUUUAUCUAUCCUCAACAUUUUCACUUAAACAUGAUCAAUCUAUAUUAGGCCUGUAGCAACAAAUGUAAAUGUUAAAACUUUGGUCAAAAAGGAUACAUUUUACAUUUAAAAUGUAUCUUUUUUGACCCAAGUUUUAACAUUUACAUUUGUUGCUACAGGUCUAUUAUAACACUCUGUUAUACAAAAAGAAAGAAAAAAAAGCAUUUUUGUGAAGUUACCAAAUUGAACGUUGUAGAACCGAGAAAAUUGCAAUUUUUUUCUGUAGAAAAUAAACAGGAGAAACAAGCACUCUAUCGUGUAGAGUUUGAAAUCCUUCAUCGAUGAGGGGCGUUUGAAUGUUUUCAGUGCAAAUUGGUUUUAGAAACUUCUUUUUAGUAGUAUAGGAAUACUCAGUAGUAAUUAGCAUUAAUUAAUUAUUUCUCGGGACGAAAGACAAAAGCUUUUCUGUUUUCUUUUAAUUUGUCUUCAUCUACAAGCUUUCCUUUUUUGA